AUAGUAGUAUUAGAAUUCCUAAGUGGCCAGUUUAGGGUGUUAGUGAAACUUUUUUAUAAAGGGCAGCAGCAAAUUCUGAAACAACACAAAACACAACAAAAAUUUACAAGCAACUAUGGCUUCAAGCAAUGGCCGAAAAGCAACUGAGAUCUUCCAAGGACAAGCUAUCUUAUACAGAUGCAUGUUUGCCUUCCUAGAUUCCAUGUGUCUCAAAUCGAUUAUUGAGCUUGGCAUACCAGACAUAAUCCACAAGCAUGGCCAACCCAUUACUCUUUCUGAGUUGGUGUCAAUUCUGAAUGUUCCACCAGCUAGAGUUGGUCACGUGCAAAGUCUCAUGCGCUACCUUGCACACCAUGGAUUCUUUGAAAGACUAAGAAUCCAUCUUGAAAAAGAAUCUUAUGCUCUCACUGCUGCUUCAGAGCUACUUGUCAAAAGCAGUGAGCUUUGUUUAACUCCAAUGGUUGAGAAAGUGCUUGACCCAACUCUCUCAGCUUCAUUCCAUCAAAUGAAGAAGUGGGUUUAUGAGGAAGAUCUCUCAGUGUUUGAUAUCUCCUUAGGCUGUAGUUUGUGGGAUUUUCUUAACAAAAACCCUUCAUACAAUGAGUUAUUCAAUGAGGCAAUGACUAGAGAUUCUCAAGUGAGUAACUUGGCAUUGAGAGAUUGCAAGUUGGUGUUUGAGGGACUGGAAUCCAUUGUGGACGUUGGUGGUGGAACUGGAGCCACUGCCAAGAUGAUCUGUGAGGCAUUUCCUGACUUGAAAUGCGUUGUUCUUGACCGUCCUCGGGUUGUGGAGAACUUGUCAGGAAACAACAAUUUGACAUAUGUUGCUGGGGACAUGUUCAAAACUAUUCCUAAGGCUGAUGCUGUUCUGCUUAAGUGGAUUCUUCAUGAUUGGGCUGAUAAAGAUUGCAGAAAGAUAUUAGAGAAUUGUAAAGAAGCUAUUUCUUCAAAUAAUGGCAAAAGAGGAAAAAUAAUUGUCAUAGAUAUGGUCAUUAACGAAAAACAAGAUGAGCAAAAAAUUACUGAACUAAAGCUCCUUUGGGAUGUAAGCAUGGCAUGUGCAUUCAAUGGAAAAGAGAGAAAUGAAGAAGAAUGGAACAAACUCUUCAUGGAAGCAGGGCUCCAAGACUACAAAAUAUCUCCCUUGACCGGUCAAUCUAGGUUUCUGCUUCCUCCUGCAAUUGAAGCGCAAGCUCAAGUUGCAUCUCCACUUCGCCCAUGUUUGGUCGUUCCAUUCCCUGCUUAUGCAAACACCUCUCAGUAAUGUCAACGAACGCUUUCCAACAAUCUGGAGCAAUUCUGGACUUAAUAAACGGAUCAACUAUUUUUUCUGUUUGCAACUCCAGCGAAUAUUUCGGUUCAUCAUUCAUAAGUCGAUUACGUUCCAAAAACAAAUCUUUCCCCUGCUUUGCACUCACCACUUCCAAUAGAACCACCCCAAAUGAAAACACGUUUGAUUUCACAGUCAAGAUGCCGGUUGCCAAAUACUCAGGAUCACAAUAUGCGAAAGUGUCAUGGUUUCUAGCAACAAGAGAUGAAUUUGCGACAUCAAUACUUCCCCUUUUGGACAACAACAAGCCUGAAAUUUUAGGCUCCCAGAUUUGGUCCAAAAGGAUGUAACAUGUUUUGAAAAAAUUGUGUAUGACAGAACACUUGCCUCCUGUGUGUAGAUAGUGCAAUCCACGUGCAACACCAAUGCAAAUUUGAAGCCUCCUUUUCCACGGUAGUGGAUCAACUUUGUGAUUGCUUUUAGGAUGAAGGUGAUCACUGAGGGCACCGUUAAGCAUGUAUUCAUGGACAAGAAUCAGAUGGGGGUGGUCUCUUUCAAUGCAAAAUCCAAUUAAAGGCAUGAUGUUGGGGUGGUGGAGCUGACAAAGGAAGAGAACCUCGUUCUUCAACUGAGACUCUGAGAGACCAGAAAGAGAACCCUUCCUGAACCACUUAAUUGCAACAGUGGUAGCACCUUUUUUCAGAUAACCUUUGUACACAACCCCGAAUGAAUCUUCUCCAAUCACCGAAGGUUUCUUGAUGUUUCUCACUGCUGACUUUAUCUCUUCAAGUGAAAAGUGGGUGCAAAGUUCUUCCAGGAUGUUGAAGGUUGUUGUCCCGAGUAGUCUGUUUUCCCCUGGAUCAUUGAUAGAGAAACACGACAAAAGUGGAAAAAGACCCAUUUGUGCAAUGAUUGAAGAAGUCUAAGGCAUAAAUAAACCAUAUGUAAUGGACUAUUAUACGUGCGUAAGAUUGCCCUUAAAUUGCUAACUACAGUUAUUUGCUAACUAAAGCCAUGGUUUUGGAA